CAUUCACCAGCGCCCCCGCCAGCAGACUCCCUCCGCCGUCUCAUAGGUGCCGACGCCGGCGCCGGCUUGACGCUGGGCCCUCUUCGCCCGCCUCUCCUGAUGGUGGCCGGCCGGUGGGCAGCGGACGGACACCUGUCUCAGUGUCUCACUGCCGCGCUCCAGCACAUGACCGCAGCGACAUGCGGGCCCCGGCCUGCUGCUCGCAUUGGCGGACCGUUCCUCCAUCCAUCUGCUCCGCGGGCUCCUCGUCGGCACCGGCUUGCAGCUGCCACCCCUCCAGCCAGCAGACAGUGGAGCCACCUCCCCUCUCCCCUCUCGACUGCGGCCAACUUCACUGAACCGCGAGCACCGCGACCUGCUCCCCGCUCACCCGCCGUGUCACCGGAGUGCUGCAGCACGGCGCAAGCUCAACGGCGAGCACGCCCGUUCCCGCCUCCCCAUUGGGCAGCCGCCGCCAGCUCUGCAAAUCAUUGCGCAUCGCCUGCAUCCAUCCCGUCCGCCUGUGCCGGCCAUCCACGACGCACAGCUGGCUCCGUCGCCAGAUGCCCAUCCCCAGCGUCAGCGUGCUCAUUUCGCGCUUGCUUGCAGCUCCCCAGCGCGGUCUGUAGCAGUGCUCCGUGCCUGCCCCAGAGACAGCAUGCCCCUCACUGGCAGCACUCUCCCAAUCUAAUGCCAACGUCUCCUGCUGCGCAACGCCUGCCUGCCUGCCUGCCUGCCUGCCUGCCCACGCCAUUCGUCUCUCCACUGCAUAACAGCAGUAAGCACUUCCUUAAGCCUGGCACAGCGGGAGCCCCAGGCAGAGACGUGCCGUCAUCCUUUCGCGCGAGAUUGCUUCCCACUUCGCGGUCCUCCAGUUUGCAUUCCGGACAGCGACGGUGCACCGAACGCUCGUCCUGGGCUGCAGCUACUGUGCUACCUUGCUUUGCCACCUGUCCACCACGCCAGGCGAAGCACCUUAGUCCGCCCUGGCUCUGCCCGCGUUUCACUCUCCUACAGCCAAAGUCCGUCGAGUGACGUUGCGCCUCACAAAGCCUUGCCAUGAUGAAAUAGGGCUGCGGCCUUCUAGAAGGAAUCCUGCGGUCAACCUUAGGCAACAUGGCUCACGGCGCUGUUUACCACACUACCUGCAAUGACGGCUCUCCCUGUCUGUCCGCUUUUGAACGCUAGAUCCCCCCUUUCACCCGCACAUGCCAGCGCCAAGACUCAAUUCCGCGUCUCUCUUGAGAAACCUGACGCCCGACGAAUCCUGCCCACGUGCUCUUUAUUGAGACGCCGCUCUCAUGGCUUUGGGCUCAUGCUGUACGCACCCCAUACGACGUUCAAUGGGUCGUGUAACCCUCUUUCCGCUCGGUUCUCGCGCGAGUGCGACGUUGGC